AACCCAAGCACAGAAGAAAUCAAAGCACAGACUUCGUCCCCUCUCUCUCCAAUUGGAUUCGAAUCGGAUCAGAUCCAAUCUCCACUCCAUGAGCUUUGAUUCUCCCCCCGGAGGCGGCGACCCUCCGGGAUCCACUUCCAAGGCAGGGUCUGGGGACAAGCAGAAGGAGAAGGCGAGAGUCAGCAGGACCUCGCUUAUACACUGGCACGCUCACCAAAAUGACGCUGCCGCUGUCCGUAAGCUUCUCGAUGAGGAUCCAUCCCUGGUCCACGCCCGUGACUACGACAACCGCACCCCGCUCCACGGGGCUGCACUCCACGGCUGGAUCGAUGUCGCCAAAUGCCUUAUUGACUGUGGUGCAGAUGUAAACGCUCAGGAUCGCUGGAAGAACACGCCUCUCGCUGAUGCAGAAGGAGCUAAAAAACACAGCAUGAUUGAGUUUUUAAAAUCAUAUGGUGGAUUAUCUUAUGGUCAAAAUGGAAGUCAUUUUGAACCAAGGCCUGUCCCACCUCCUCUGCCAAAUAAGUGUGACUGGGAAAUUGACCCUUCUGAGCUGGAUUUCUCAAACUCAACAAUUAUUGGAAAGGGGUCAUUUGGUGAGAUUUUAAAAGCUUACUGGCGUGGAACCCCAGUAGCUGUCAAACGCAUUCUUCCAUCUCUUUCAGAUGACAGAUUGGUGAUUCAGGACUUUAGGCACGAGGUUAAUUUGCUGGUGAAGCUUCGUCAUCCUAAUAUAGUCCAGUUCCUGGGAGCUGUUACAGAGAGGAAGCCCCUUAUGUUGAUUACUGAAUAUCUGAGGGGGGGAGAUCUUCAUCAGUACCUCAAGGAGAAGGGUGCACUUAGCCCUUCAACGGCCAUCAACUUCGCACUGGACAUUGCCAGAGGAAUGGCUUAUCUUCACAAUGAACCGAAUGUCAUAGUACACCGAGACCUAAAACCAAGGAAUGUUCUUUUAGUCAACUCCAGUGCGGACCAUUUGAAAGUUGGAGACUUUGGGCUAAGCAAGCUCAUCAAGGUUCAGAAUGCUCAUGAUGUUUACAAAAUGACUGGCGAGACAGGAAGUUACCGGUAUAUGGCUCCUGAAGUUUUCAAGCAUCGGAGAUACGAUAAGAAGGUUGAUGUUUUCUCCUUUGCAAUGAUACUCUAUGAGAUGCUUGACGGAGAACCACCACUUGCAAAUUACGAGCCUUACGAAGCUGCAAAGUAUGUGGCAGAAGGACAUAGGCCAAUUUUCCGUGCAAAAGGAUAUAUUCCUGAGCUGAAGGAUUUAACGGAGCAUUGUUGGGCUGCUGACAUGACAAAAAGACCUUCUUUCUUGGAUAUCCUGAAGCGGCUUGAAAGGAUCAAAGAAAAUCUUCCAAGCGACCAUCACUGGCACAUAUUCAAUACAUAAAGUAAGGGCCUACAGGGUCAGAUAUCAAAGCCAGGCUCUGCUUUCUACCAUCAUUUCCUGUACUUCUAUGUGCAGAUGCUGUUGUAAAUACUCUUGGCUGUGGAAAACUUUGUGGAGUUCUUGAUUCAUUUCCGCUAGAUUCAGUUCAUUCUCAGUCACAAGCAGAGCAGGUGAAUUUUAUUAGAUUCCACACUUUCAGGUCUUCUAUCCUGAUCAGAGGACAGUGUCAGAAUUUCAUGUUGACAUAUAGAUUGCUUGAUCUGACUAGGGUUUCUUUACGUUCUCUUCCAAUUUCAGCAUGCCUAGUAAAAGUGAUAAUAGGCAUAUGUUCUACAUCAUUUGCUCUUUUAUGUUCUUUUUUCAAACAGUAAAAAUGAGAUUCCAGACUCAUCAGUUGUGUUUCUUAUAUAUACUGGAUUUUGUGAUCUUGCGGAAUAUUAUUUCUAAAUUCCAUUCCCACGACUGCUUUACUA